AUGAGCCGAGCUGGGUUUGACAAGUACAUUACUGUCUUCAGCCCGGAAGGGUCCCUCUAUCAAGUCGAAUAUGCCUUCAAGGCAGUUACCUACGCGGGGCUGCUAACGGUGGCCAUACGUUGCAAAGAUGCUGUGCUUGUUUUCACGCAGCACAGUGUUCCGGACAAGCUUAUGCGACCUGAAACCAUUACCUCUCUCUACAAUGUGAACGAUAACACUGGUGUAUGCAUAACUGGGAGGGCUCCCGAUGGAAAGGCGCUUGUGCAGAAGGCACGUAACGAGGCGUCGGAGUACAAGUACCGCUACGGCAUGCCAAUGCCUGUUAGCGUCCUCGCAAAGCGAGUGGCAGACAUGGCACAGGUGAGGACGCAACAAGCAGGCAUGCGACUGAUGGGAACCAUCAUGACGUUUGUGGGCAUGGAACAAAACGAUGAGGAUGGUGCGUGGAUUCCACAGAUUUACUGCGUAGACCCAGCGGGGUGGUGCGGCAGCUACCACGCAUGUGCCGUGGGGAAAAAGCAAAUUGAGGCCUGCGCCUUUCUUGAAAAGAAACAGAAAAAUGCACCAUUCCACACGUUGUCCCAGAAAGAAGCCGCAAUGAUUGCGCUUGCGGCACUCCAGAGCGCACUCGGUGAGUCUUUGAGGGCGUCAGGUGUGGAGGUUGGGAGGUGUACAGCAGAUGACCACCAUUUCUCACGGGUUCCAGAUAGGGAGGUGGAGGAGUGGCUAACUCUACUUGCGGAGGCUGAUUAG